CAGCGAGACGUGGGUACUGCGCAUGUUCUGAGCGUGACGUUGGUAUUUGAAGUUAGUGGCGAAGCGUAAAGGCGGUAACCGGUUUCUUGAAACCUUCCUCUAGACCAAGGCCUGGGAACCCACGUUUUGAGCCCACUAAGAGGUGUCAUGCUGAGUUCUCUACUUUAAGCCGCAGAAUCUUGGCUUCGGCGUUUGGGGCAAAUUCAGUUCUCGUUCUCGAGCCGGUUAUUCUUGAAUUCUCGCGAGAUCGCCGGGCUGCCUCGAGAGUAGCCCGAGAGCCGGUAUCUCCUAGGAGCCGGGUCAGGCCGCCGCCGCCGCUUCAGAGAGGUGGAGUCGCGGCCUCCCCUGGGGGCCCGCUUAACGCCGGCGAACGCCGCCUGGGAUCCCGGCAGAGAUGGAUGAGGAUCUGGUGUUGGCACUACGGCUUCAGGAGGAGUGGAACUUGCAGGCGUCGGAGCGCGACCGGGCCCAGGCGCCCCUGUCGCUGGUGGACGCGUCCUGGGAGUUGGUGGACCCAACCCCGGAUUUGCAGGCCCUGUUUGUGCAGUUCAACGAUCGGUUCUUUUGGGGCCAGCUGGAGGCUGUCGAGGUGAAGUGGAGCAUGCGAAUGACCCUGUGUGCUGGGAUAUGCAGCUAUGAAGGGAGGGGCGGAAUGUGUUCCAUCCGGCUCAGUGAACCUCUUUUAAAGUUGAGACCGAGAAAGGAUCUUGUAGAGACCCUCUUGCAUGAAAUGAUCCACGCCUAUCUAUUUGUCACUAAUAACGAUAAAGACCGGGAAGGGCACGGCCCAGAGUUCUGCAAACAUAUGCAUCGCAUCAAUCGCCUGACCGGAGCCAACAUAACGGUGUACCACACGUUCCACGACGAGGUGGAUGAGUACCGGCGACACUGGUGGCGCUGUGACGGGCCGUGUCGGCACAGGAAGCCCUACUACGGCUACGUCAAACGCGCCACCAACAGGGCGCCAUCCGCUCACGACUACUGGUGGGCAGAGCACCAGCAGAAGUGUGGUGGCACCUACGUGAAGAUCAAGGAGCCGGAGAACUACGCCCGGAAAGGCAAGGGGAAGACAAAACUAGGAAGGCAGCUGGCGGCCGAAAAGAAAGAUCAGCCCAACAGAGGUGAGACCCAGCUGUUGAUCCCUUUCAGUGGGAAAGGAUACGUCCUGGGAGACGCGAGCAAUUCGCCUUCGUCCGGGAGAUUUGUCGCUUCACACGCCGUCAAUAAAACCCAAGAUCUUUUAAGUCAAGACCGCUCAGCAACAGCUCUGAGACCUAAUUCUAAAAUGGAGGUGAACUCUGAACAGAAUGGUCCAAGCAAAAAAACCUCUCUCGUCGCCCCUGUUCUUGCUGCCAGUCGCCAAAAUGUCGUAAGCAACUACUUUCCUAGAGUGUCAGCUGCCAACCAGAAGGCCUGCAGAAGUGUGAGUGGAUCUCCACCAAAAAGCGGGGCAGUCGGCGACCUCCCUAAAAACUCCGUCUCUUCCACGUCUCACAGAAGGGUCCCCUCCUCUAAGAUAGCCCCGAGAAAUUCUUUAAAAGCCCCGGAAUCGACACCUGUGACCGCGGCCCUGGACGGGAGCGGGCCCGAAGAGAGAUUGCCAAGUAAACGAGCCAGGCUAGAAGACCAGUCUGUUUCUGACGAGCUUUUUAUCAAGAAAGAGCAAGUGCAACGUGGUGGAAGUGAUUCUAAGUGGAGUUCACAUCCUCCAGCUGCGGCUCAGAGCUCCAGCCCUUCAGCCAGUCAGAGCAGAGCGGUCAGUUGUCCUGUUUGUUGGAACGAAGUCCUAGAGUCGCAAAUUAACGAGCACUUGGACCGGUGCCUUGAAGGCGCUAGCGUCGAUGGCAAAAGUUGAAAAGGUCUUCGGAAAACAGACGGGUGUCACACGCCACCUGUAUUACCUCACUAGUCUAGUGUCAGGCCCUCAGGAAGUUCUGGUACAUACUCAGAUUUGUCGGUUAGAAUCUAGUUCUAUUUUAUAUAUACACAUGAGAUUAUAAUGAAAAAUAUUUUAUGUUUUAAGGCGCUACCGUUCACUCCUGCCUUGUGUAUACUGUAGCCCAGAGUUUACUCUGCAUGUAUACACGUAGAAUUUUUAGAUAUUCGUGUUCUUGCAGUUAAUCUUUUUAUUUAUACACCUUCCUCAGAAUACUCCGUGAGGAAUCCUGUCCGGUGUUUGGUUCACUGAGCAUUUCUUCAGUUACAUUAAAACUCAGUCCUAGAACUGAUGUUAAUUUCAUGAUGUCAGACAUACUGACCAUGUGGGGUACACAGCAUAUUAGUUGUUUCAGGGUACUCAGAGGCUUGUUUUGUUUGUUUUUGUUUUUUUUCAAUCUUCACAGGAAGUAAAUUUUCUCUGUUUUAAAGAAUUUUACUUCUGUCAUCACUGAAAGGUGGCAGCUGAUUUUAGGCUCAAGUACAUAAGGAGUACAGUAAAAUAAACCUCUUUUAGAAUGUUGCCAGUAACAAAUAGCUACUGCAGUUUCGUAGGCCUGGGUUGAGCGGUUUUCUCAACGCGUCGCCGAGUGGAUCCGGCGCUACCCACCUGGAACGUACAACGUCACAGAGCUGCCUCGGUGGUGUUCACGGUAGCGCGUUCUCUGGAAACAGUAUUAUGAGCCGUAAGCCAAAGUUGUAAUCGUUCUAAUAAAAAGGAAUCCCAUUUGUGCAUUUUGAAAAGUAGAAUUCUUUUCGGAAAUACUCCUUUCCACCUCUGGCAAAGAGACGAAGAUACUUUCGUCUGCCAACUUUCUGUCUCUGGCGACACCUCUAGCACGUUGGUUGGCAUAUUCCCGAGAGUUUAGUUCACGGGUUCUCCCUUUUCUCGACUUUGUUGCAACACGACCUGUGUGUUCCUAAGGGGCCAGAUCCCCAGUGUACAGCGGGGUGAGCUUCCCCGGGGGGGCCCCUGGGUGCCUGCUGCCCAGAUCAAGUUAGAGAACGCUGCGGUUCCCGCAGGAGGUGUCCUCAAGGGUGCCCACUCCUGAAGUCCGAACCCACAACCUCCAAAGGUAACACGGUUUUCAUCUCCGUCACCGCAGAUGGGUGGGUGAGCUUGUUUUUGAACUUCAUAAAGGUACUCUCCUCGCUGCUGCUGCCGGUGUAGAUGUCUGAGUUCAUUGUUUCAUUGCUCUGCGGCGUUUGUAUGAAUAUGCCAGCGUUCAUUCAUCCAUUCCGCUGCUGCUGGGCGUGGGAGUUCUUUCCGAUCUGGGGCUGCCUAUCAGGAAUAAUGCUGCUGAGAACGUGCUUCCUCAUUUCUGUUGGGCGUAUACCCAGGAUUGGAACUGCAGGGUAGAUGUACGUCUCGCUUUACAAAAUGCUGCCAGGGGACCCUCGGGCCAGCAGUAUGGAAGCGUUUCAGGUAUCCAUCUGUCUUAACUAUUAUCUGUUACCAUCUAUUAUCUAUUAAUAGCUAAUACCUUAACUAUUAUCUAUUAUUCCUUUUCAUUUUAGCUUGUCUGGUGAAGUGUUGACAAGUUUUGAUAUUUCUUAAGUAUGAAGUUAAAAAAUAGUACUUAAUAUUUACAGAUAAAGGGCUUCAAAUAUGUGUAUUAUGUUGCGUAUAUGCCGUUAUAUGCUUGCGUAGAGGAUCAUUUUCUCUUCAUUUGGCAAAUUAUGUGCAGGUAAGCAUUUUUUUGACUCAAAACUGUACAAGGUUCUGGGGCAACUAAGUAAAAUGCCCCAUGUCCGUAAGUUUUACAGCUUGGUUGGGGAGUGAGACGAGAGCGGAUUAAUUUGAACACAGAAAGUGCUCUCUGCUGGGUGCUGUGGGGACGUCAGGACUUCGGGGGAUGUUUCCUGGAUGAGACCACAUCCAAGCUGGGUCUUCUAGGGUGAGUCAAGCUAGCCGGGUAAGGAAGGGUGGAAAGGGCCGAGCAGAGCGAAGGGGCACGAGAAAGGCGGUGGAGACAGACCACCACACUGUCCUGGGAGAAGUAAGCUGUUGCGAAUGAACAGAGUAAGAUGUGAGGGGUAAAACGGCAGAAGGACGGCAGGACGGCAGACAGACCUAGCUGAAUAGAGUUUCGGGGGGGGAGACCCUGUCUGUCACUUUCUCCACUUCGUGUGGCCCCUGAGAGUGCACAUCUUUUGAUUCAGGUGGGGGUGGGGAGGGGGGGGUUGGAAAGAUUUGUAAGCCAGAGAGUCAAGGACGUUUGAGAAGCGUUCAGAUGGAUUCUCCGGGGGCAACAUCAAUGGGCAGAGGAAGGGCACUGGCCGGGAUGAGAGAGGGGUGGGCCGAGAAAGGGCCAGCUGGUAAAAUCAAGAGGUGGUCAGGUUUAAGGGAUGAUGGAAGACUGUUGGCUGGCAAGAAAAGGGAAGUUAAUUUUAAAUUUGGAACUUAGCCUUCAAUUCGCAUUAAAACUUUUGAGAAAAAAUGUUACCUUAAGAAUUGUUACCCCCAACUCUGAGUCAUUUAUAACAAAGAAAAUUUUGUUGUUGGUUUUGUUUUUUUAUCCCUUAAAAAAAGCAAACUUCCUACCCUAAUACCAGCUGGAAAUUCUGGGUCCACCUUUAAAUGCUAUCACCCUUCAUUCUGGGGACAUGGGUUGCGGGUGGGGGGGGGAGGGGAGUAGACUUUAUAAAAACUCUGUGUUUUCUUAGAGCCAGGGCUAUUCAUUAUCUAGCAAACCUGACUUCAAAUCUGGAAAGUCCUGUCUUGCUUUUUAGACUAUAAAUGUGUAUCUAAGUGGAAGACACAAGAGCGAGCAUCUCAUGCUGUCCCAUUGUCCUAAAGCACUGAGCUUGUAUGUUUUCGGACUUCAUAGGAUUUUUAAGUCAAUUUCAAUGUCAAAGUGGAAUAGCUGCUGUAUCUUCUUACAGACUUGCUACCUCCCUGGGAUCCUGCACCCGGGGCACGUGCAGGACCUCCUCUCAUUGGGUUGUUUGGAGAAAAAAGCUGAGCUGUCUGUAGUUUAAUUCCUACUGAAGAGCAAGGGUUUCCUGUUAUUCUUUGUCUUGGUUUUUUAGCAAUUUGUUGUAGUUGUUGUUGACUAGUGAAGUGAAACUCUAAUGUGACAAUUAUCAUUACAGGUUAAAUUGCCCAGGGAGUUAAAAUUAACAGAAAAGGACGUCACGUAAUUAGCGCUUUUCUGACAUUCCCCCAGAAUGUUGUUACGUAUCAUACUUCAUCAUCACCUGUCUUUUGAAAUGAAGAGCAAAAGACUUGCUCUUCUUAAAUGACUCUGGAACCACAUCAUCAUUAAGGCUCACAGUGUUGUAUACUGUAGUACAGAAACCAGCUGCCGUUGGCUUGUUUCUGUGCUGGAAUUACCCUUGGCCAAAUUUACCCUCUCGUUUAUUGAACACCAGGGGGCGCUCCUGGGAAGUUCAAUAUCUGAAAAACUGAAGGUGAAGCCAAAGGGAGGAAACUUGCCAGCAACUGGCAUGACAGCUGCCAGUUCUGAUUCAUAGAAAGGAAAGGACAGGUUAUGAUCUCAAGUCCUGUGAGAAGGGAACGGCAGGCCAAGAAUGUGUGCUUGUUCAAACAAACAAGGGCUGAUGCACAAGGCACCCUCACCUCCCCAACCUUGUUUUCAGUUCGCCUUUCACUGGAUACACUAACAGAACAGUCUUCUGCCAGAAAGACACCUGGAACAAACAUAUAGGGCCUAAUGGUAAUAAUUCAGAACAGGAAGUCUUCCAGACAAGGUCGUUGAAGGUUUUCUUUUUUUGUUUCAUUUCUGUGCUGACAUUUUGAAUGUUCAAGUUCCGGCGUGAAGUUUAAUUUCUGCAAAGUCCUGGCUGAAUGCUGUGCUAAACAGAUGGCUGUGUGGGUGCAGAACGGUAUGAAGUGUGUCGUCGACCCUUGUGAUUGCAUGGCUGCCCGGGAGCCGAAGCCGCUGCCGUCAUCCGGCAUCAUGAGAGACUAAACACACACUUUCCAGUACUGACAAGGAGGCGAGUAUCACGCCUAGGGAAUACCUGCCUCAGCACUGGUCUGCGCUACCUCGGCUCAGCCCUGGCGCUCUGUCCGCCCGCCCCCGCCCCGACGCCAUCCAACAGAAGCAAGGUUCUGAUCUGCACAUCACGUGGGUCGCAGGAGGAGGAAAACAUAACAGCAAAAUUGGAAGUACGACUGACUGGCUGGGAAGAAGAGCUCUUAGGAAGGGGACGUUACCUUCUACAUCUACAGAAUAUACCUGAAAGCGUGAGAAAGCCCUUUAUCUCGGGAACUUGAUGCGGAGGGCAGAUCAAGUUCAUUUAGUGCCAGUCACUUUAGUCUUGUAAAAAUUCUAACUUAAAAAAUAAAGCCUUCUGGGUAUUUUUUCUUA